AUGGAAGGCAUCUCCACCAUUGUCCACGCCGUCGUGGCCCUGUUCCUCAUCAUCGAGCUCGGAUUGACAGCCUACCUGGUCAGUCGCUCUGGCGGCCACGAGUCCCGCUUCAACUUUAUGCUCUUCAACUCGCUCUGGACCCUCGUUGUCAUGCUCUACACCGGCGUCGUCAAGCGCGCCUUUUCCAGCCUCUACCACGCCAUUGUCGGCCUCGCCCUGCUCGCCCUCACCGCUAUGUUCUGGUUCGCAGGCUCCAUUGCCAUUGCCGCCAAGAUUCCCAUUCACUGUCACGGCGUCCACGACUGCCAGGUCGCCCAGGCCGCCACCGCCUUUGGCUUCUUCCUCUGGGCCAUCACCACAGCGCUGGCCGUCAUUGAGGGGCUCGGAUCGCGCGGCGGAUCGCGCGUCUAA